UUUUAGUCUUUGUGACCAAGGUGAACCUUUUGAGAGUCUCAACCCCAGCAGUCAACAUCGCUAGGAUUACCUUAGUCAAAUCAAAGGAAUCCGGCUACUCUCCAUCAAACACAUCAAAAUGUCUUCAAAGCCUACCAACCAGUCCUCUCCGGAGUUUACCUCCUACUACCUUCAACGCGCAACACAAGAGCUCUCAGAGGACCUUGACAAAGUUCGCAACGCGGAGGACUUCAAGGCCGAUUCCAUCCCUUUCCUUGUUCACGCUCUGCAACAGGGUGCGGACCUUUUCUCUCCUGAGGACCAGAAGAGAGUGGUUGCUGCACCAAAGGCCAAGGACGGGGAUGCAUGAGCAGACUGUAUAUACGCAGUCCAGAUCAUUUCAGUCUACUACGUGAACGCACGACAGCAUUUCAGAUCCGCUCGUUUACAACUUGUGGAUUAGUGCGAGCCAUUCUUCACCACUUCCCACGAGACAAGGAUAUGUCAAAUCACAAGGAUGGCGUUUUUCUUGGCAGACAGAAAGCUGUUCUAUCGACACCAAGAACGCUUGACACUGCACCCCAAUACGCCAUAGCGUGUGUAUCAACCCAGUGAAAAGGGGAAAAGUCAGA